AUGGGACACUUUCUAUACAAGUUCGUCGCUGAUGAUAUCAUGCGAAGAACCGAUGAGCAGUGUCCUGCCAGUGUGGCUCCAGCACAGGUCCCUUUCUUGACCUCGAAUACGCCGACGCCGGCAGUUCGAACACCAGCCGGAUGUACAACACCGUUUCAAGUGGUAACUGGAGUGAGACAAAAGGGCAGUGGCAGGACCCUUCCUGUUCAAUUUCGCCAUCGACGACAUUAUGCGAAGAAGAGUAGAUCAGUGUCCUGCCAGUCAUUCUAG